AGCCUAUGUGUGUGAUACUGACUCCUGGUUGGGACCCCUGCUUUUGGGUUUGGGGGGCAGUACUAAAUUCAAAUCUGCUCUUAACACACGCCUCAUUUCAGCUCCGCCAGUCUGCUAUGAGCUUGUGCUGAGAGGAUGAACACGAAACACACACAGGAAACAAAAGUAACUGUGUUAGUUUCGAGGAAAUAUGAUGUUGCUCUGCAGAAAUGAUGGAUACAGUAGACUCCAUUGAUCCAUACAGCCGACCAGCGCGCAGGACACAAUGGAUAGUCAGCACUCUGGCUUACCAUUACGGACUGGACCGGGGAGUGGAGAACGAAAUCAUAGUUUUGGCUACCGGAUUGGAUCAGUACCUACAGGAGAUUUUCCAUCAUAUGGACUAUCAAGGUGAAGGUAAAAUCCGCGUGGAGGACUUUAACAUCUUGUGCGAAGUUUUGGGACUGAACACGGACUCGGAGGACACAGAAUGCGCCGGUGUUUCAGACAAUUUACCCAUCGAGCUCUCCUUCAGACACUUCCACGCUAAACUGUGCGGAUACUUCAGCACCAAGGCGGGGUGUCAGUAUGAGAACGGCCGGCUGCUGGUCGGAAAAGACAGCGAGCAUAUAGAGACUCAGAUCCGCCUGAGAAGCCCUCUGAGGCGGCGAGAGAAGCUGCUGUCUGUGGGUGCGAGCGGCGGCUCCUGUCCCUCCUCGGAGGGACGGCACGCCUCCGGCUGCAGGCUCGGAUCCUGCACCAAAGAGUGCUAUGAGGAGAUAGUCGCGCUGGAGGAAGCGGAGGACCGAAUAGCGAAGCUGGAAGACGAGAAUGCAAGUUUACGGGAGCUGAUUGAGGACAUGCGAGCCGCGCUUCAGAGCAGUGAUGCCCGCUGUUUGGCCCUGCAGGUAGGACUAUGGAAAAGCCACUCCAGACACAAACCAGAGGAAGGCUGUUUUGUUGCCCACCAGAAACAAGCUGCCCAGAAAAGCAACAACAAAAUGAAAAGCAGCACCUACAGCAACCUGAAGAGCCUGCAGAACAUUAUCCACGAGAUAGAGAUGCUGCAGAGCUCCAGAGACCGACAGGUAGACGAAGCCAUGCUGUGUAAUCAGAGACUGGAGCAGGAACUGUGGACCUCUAAAGAGACUGUGGCCGCUCUGGAGGACUGCAACCAAGCCCUGAAAAGAGAGCAGGUGGGCAUGAGGAGGAAGGUGGAGGAGGCCAGGCAGGCGCUGUUCAGCGGCCUGGGGAAGGUGAAGGAACUAGAAGCAAAGGCUAGUCAUGUGCCGGCGCUGCAGAGACACAUCCUCCAGCUGGAAUCAGAGCUCCUCUACUACAGGUCGGAGGUGCCAAAACUACAACUCCCAAGCAGCACAAGGGCAGAGCAGCAGCUGAGCACUGGCAGCAGGCAGGGCCAGAGAUGUUGCUCGAACCCUCAACACGACCGCUGUUCUCCGACAGGGCGUGCUGUGACGACCCCAGAUAAGAUGGAGGAGCAGCUGUUUCGCUCAGUGGAAGGCCAGGCCGCCUCUGAUGAGGAAGAGGACAAGUGGACCGGAGAUCAGCAGAGGAAGGUGGAUGAGGUGAAGAGGAUCUUGACCAGGCUGUCCUGUUGUGGGGAAAGGUGUGACUACAGGGCAUUCAAGAAGCUGAUGUCUAAUUUCGGGAGCUUGAGGAACGAGGCGAGCUGCAGUGCUGUGGUGGAGCUCCUGGAGCGGGUGACCACGUUGCAUAAGCAGCUGGAGCUGAAGGAGAGCCAGGCAGAGAUAGACAUGGACCAGAUGAAGGACUCUCUGUUGCAGGAGCUGCAGCAGAAGGCAGAGGAGACUGAGCUGCUUCAGAUGGAGCUGCAGAUGCUGGAGACAGAGAGGGUCCGUCUGUCACUGGUGGAGGAGAAACUUGUGGACAUCCUACAGCUCCUCCAGCAGCUCAGAGACCUGGUUAGUCACAGUUAUCUGGUGACUGCACUCACCAGUUUGAAGAGAACGUCUCGCGGAGGUCUCUCGGUAAAAUCUUGCUCAGCACUUUGGAGUCUUGCAGCGACCCGCAACACGGGAAAGCCCACAUUCUGGAGGUGCUCAACGCGCUCUAUCAUGAACUGGCUGCCUGUGAGAUUCUGUCGACCGGUGGAUCUUUGGAGAGAACACAGAGUCAGCAGUCUCUGAACGCCCUCCUCAUCUCCUGCUAAUCAAGACUGCCUCCUGCUGGGCCAGUGAUGCUCCGACAGACACUGAAAGCUUAACAGUGGUUAAAAAACCAGCUGAUUGAUGUGGAUACUGUAUAUUGUAGCCCAUAUACCCCUCUGACCCUGAUAUCUAUAAAGGGAUAUUAGUCUAGAAUUACAUAUAAAGAAAAUUAUUGUUUAUACAUUGCCUUUUCCCUCAACAGAGUUCUGAAUGUAAAAAUGUUAAAAUAAGCUAAAUCAUAAGUAGUCUGUGAAAUGUAUCGUCCCCCGCCAGUCAACAGGUCAACAACAUCCCUGAUACAACUGAAAGAAUUUAAAAGGAAACUGCGUCUUAAUUCACAUCCUUUACUCAUCUAAGUCUGCAUUUCAAGAUCAAAUGUCCUAACAAAACUGUGUCACUGAAUACAGAGAAGUGCCGCCUGCAUUUGACCUCAUUCGGAGAACACUACUACUAUAUACUACUUUUGACCCUGUGGUUCAUUCAUUAAUAUCAGUAUGUUGGGAAAUAUCAUUGGAAACAGCAGCUGUUUUGUGUCAGCGGCAUAUGCAUCACAUGAAUUGGACAAAUGAAAAAGCCCUGCUAAAUGUAAAUAUAGACAGUCAAGCUUCAACUUGUUUCUUUUUUGGCAAAACAGAAUCAACAAGUGGGUUACUCACUUGUUCCAAAACAUGUUACACAGCCGUCAUGAGCAAUGCGGGAGUUUUUUGUGGAUGUUCAAACUUCCCAUUUAUACUUUAAGAAUAACGGGGAGUUUGAACGUCUACACGUCCAUGACCACUGAGCAAAACCCAUUUUCUGAUAGAGACCAUGUUAUAUGGUCAGACGUUCAGAGCAAGCAAGUAAGGGGACCUUGAUUUGAGCUUGUUUUGUCCACUGCUGCUUCCAAGAUCAAGAACGAACUGUCAAGCUCUUGCUGGUGGGCAUUAUGGCGGUUGUGGACUACUGGCUGUCUGGAUUCAGUGCAGUAUAUGUUCAUUCAUGAUAUGUUGAGGUUGAAUGUUGAACUCAUACUGUACCUUCUAGUAUCAUGUCAAUGGUUAACACUUGAUACAAUUUGUUUGGUGUGAUGAGGAAAUUACCGAAAUGCAUUAGUUUUGGUCUGUGUGAGCCUUGAUUGUGCAGGCUUAGCCUGGUAUUCUCCAGAACCUCUGAAGGAACACCUUCCUGGGCCACAUUCAUUUGCUAAGAUUGGUUUAACAAAAGCUUUGUCAUUUGUUUGUAUUUGAGAGGCUAGCUUGUGCUUGUCUGUUUCAUGAAGGAAGCAGACACUUCGGUAUCUUGAACCUCUAGUACAGGCUGAGUCAUGUCUGGUCACAGAGCUAAAAGUUAGAUAGACUUUAUUAUGCCCAAGGAGAAAAGUUGUUACCACGAUGUGUGCGUCUGCACAGUACAACCAGAGAUGCCCACGUAAGUUCUGUUUAUACAAACAAAAAAUGAACACCCGUCCAGGAUAAUCCAGCCUGGCACGUGCAACUAGUCUAUUACAUUAUUAGCAGCUGUCUAAUUAAACCUACGGUUACUUCCUCACAACUGUUUCACAAUAUGAUACAGCAGAUUAACUUUAAUUAAAUGCUCAUUCUGAUACACUAAAUAUCUCCAUAUUAGAUGGAUCCAUUGCAUAGUCAUUGCUGGGUUGAAAUGAGGGCCUUGGAUGCAAAACCACUCACUGAUGUUAUUGAAUCAUGUCAAUAAAGCCUUUGACUUACGCACUCUA